AACCAAAUAUCCCAAAAGUUGGGUACGCAAAACCAAACCGAUCCCGAAAACUUGGAUAACGUGGACCGUCGGAUUUCGAAUUUAGGGAGCGCAAUCCUGUGUCAUUCUGUCAUUCUGAAUUUCGGAGACUCCGCCAGUCCGCCUCCUUCCGCUCCUCUGUCCUCUGGACUCGAACCCUCUCAUCUCUCUCGACUCUGUCUCUCUUCAGCCCACCUUCUUCGAGUCUCGACCCAUUAUUGUUGUUUUGGAAAAAAUAUUUGACUUGCACCAUUAUUGUUGUUUUUCAGCACAUCUAUGGAGGAGGGGGAAGCCAGAUCGGUAUUUAUACUCGUGGAAUUUGCAUGUGGUCCAUGUGAAGCUGGAUUAUAUGAAAUAAAAAUCCAACAGGGAGGAGAAGUGAUGCGACCUAAGAUACUUGAACCUGAGUUUAAGUUUGUACUCCCCAAGUUUUGUUGGUUUGAGGGUGCGAGAUUGCACAACUCCUCUAAAUUACACCUAGUGUUAAAUAAAGGACUCUUACCUCGUCAUAACCUCCCCGCUGAUGACAAGCUCGGCUCAUAUAGGGGACAAAUUUAUGACACAGAGACUAGGUCAUUGGAAACAUUCGAGCCUCCUUUAGCACCUAAGCCAGUUUCAUAUCUUAUGUCUGCAUACGGAAAGCUUUAUAAUCUUGCAUCUCCACAGUGCUUCCGAGUGAUGCCGAAGGUAUUGUUUGAGCGGUAUGAUUCCAAAACUGAUUCUUGGGAAUCUCUUACUCAUUUUGCAUAUUCUCGGGAACGGUCCAAGAUGGAGAUAUCAGGUUAUGCUGUUUGUCAUGGAUGUAUUUUGGUUUCAACAUACAAUUUUCGAUUUGAGUUCAUGGUUUUUCAUAUAGACAGUAAUACCUGGCAUCAAGUUGAUAUAUCUAGAAAGGAAGCUUAUUAUUCUGCUUUUCGAGGGAGGGCCGUGGUUGUAGGCAAUUCUAUAUAUGCCUUAUCUAUACAAUGGGGAAAGGUUAUAGCGUUCUCGCUUAAGAUGAAAAUAGGGAAUGAUGGCCGUAUUACCUAUUCGCUAGAGGAACCAUUCUUUUUGCCAGGACUGGAGAGUAGGGUUGCGGACAGUACGGAAUCUGGUCGUAUCUCUAGGCCAACAGAGUAUUUGGUCCAUUUGGGGAAGUUGGAGUUCUGCCUUCUUCAAUCUAUCUCCACUGAUUUGGAUGAGCCUCAAGAGAUGUUUAUCACCACAUUCGAAAUUGUGUGUGAUGAUGAAACAAUGCAUAUCAAGACUUUGGAUUCUAGCGUCUGUGAUUUCCACAUAGGACAUUCUGGUACACUUCGUAUUUGUUUCAGCUUUAUGCCAAAAUGUGAGGAUUUUGAGCCUGAAGAAGAGGAGAGUUUUCGGUUGGCUCAUAAAAAGGGGAGAGCCAAGAAGAACAAUGCCUUAGAUGGUUUCAUCUCCAUGAUAAAAUCAAGCAAGAGGGUUCUUCAGAAGUGGCCCCCUAAGUAUGAGCUUAGGCGACUGGCUGCAGCAUUCCACCCAUUGCCUGUAUGUGUCCAAGUGAUGGUAUUCGUUUUUGUUGUAUACUUCUUAUACAAACAAAUAUCCAUCUAUUAGAUUGUGUAACAGAAAAAAAAAAUUUCAUCCGAUAUUUGAAGAAAUCUCUUAAUAUGGCGUCACUUUCCGAUAUUUGAAGAAAUCUCAAAUCCAAAUC